AUGGCAGUAUCGAGAAGCAAAACAAAAUACCUGUUUACAAAUGCAACCUUACAAUCGUAUUACCCCACAGCAGAAAUGUUUAAAGCUCCAAAAGUUGGAAAUGCACCAAGAAUAUAUAAUGGUUUAGACCCAAGAAAAGUACAUAAUUAUCCUUGGAUAGAUAUAUUUAAAACAAGAACAAUAAAAGAAACAGGUUAUCAAUAUGGAAAUUGGGCUGGUCCUUCAAUUCAUUCUAUGACGCUCGACGAAUUAUACACCUUUUUUAAUAAUAAAGAUUAUUUAAAACAUUUUACAUAUUGGCAUUUGUUUAAAGCUACUUGGGGACAGUUUCAAUUUUUAUUUCUUUUUAUGGGAUCAUUAGUAGCUACUGUUUUGCCAAUAUUUAUAUUUACUAUGUAUUUACAAAGAUUUGAACCAUUAGAAGUUACCAUAGACCCUGAGGACUAUUACAAACAUUUCUACUGGCAUUAUUAUGGUGGAGAAAUUGAUCAUCAUGCUUUUUCACAGUACCUUGAAGCUAGAAGAGCAGUUAGAUAUAGAAAUGCUGAUAUCGAUCCCGUUGAUUGGAUACCUCCAGAGUAUAGAUAUAAAGAAGAAUAA